AUGUCACUGCAUAAUGAAACCCGGAAGAAAUCACUAUUUAAGAUUAAAUAUGGAAAGAAAAAAUCACUUCCUCAAGUACCAUUAGUUAUUGUGGAACAAUGUGAUCGUGACUUGAAUAAUAAUACUAGUAUUAGUAGUAGUAGUAGUAGUAGUAACAAUAAUAAUAGUAGUAAAUGUCACACAGAGAAAACAAAACAUCCUAUUACUACUACUACUACUACUACUACUACUACUACUGCUACUAAUGCUGAUUUGUACUGUACAUAUUUGUAUGAUUCUCUAAAACAUUCCAAACUAUGUCAAUUGACAAGACAUUCACUAAAUUGUCUUGAUGAUGUAAAACAUGACAUAAUACCAAAUGUUUUAUAUAAAUAUAAAUCUUGUACUUAUCUAAAAUCUAAAACUUUUGAAGAUGAACAUGAUAUAUAUUAUCAGGGAAUUGUGAAUGACGCCAAAACAUAUAAUAACAUCACAUCAGUAUGUCAUUCUUCAGAACAGCAAGAAUUUUCUUCAAAUUCACUAAAUGAUCCUUUUUUAAAUAUUAAUUUAAAUAAAACAUUAUUACAAAAUGUAUGUGAACUAUCACCAGCAAGUAUACAACGUGCUAAACGUAUGGAAUUUAUUAAACUAUCUCAUUCACCGUUAUAUAAUAAUAACAAUAAUGCACAGAUCCCUUUUUUGGAAACUAAUAUAAAUAAAUUAAAAUCAACUCAUAGUUUACCAGAAGAAAAUAAAAUCCAAUAUGAACCUGUAUAUAAUAGACCAAUUUCAUCACCUUAUUCAUCUUUUACUGAUACUGAUCUAGUUACUAAACUUCAUUUAUAUGAUCAUGAUUAUUCAAAUAAGAAAGAUAAUAAUAAUAAUGAAUUAGAUAAAUUAUAUCCAAAAUAUUAUUUGAAUGAUAAUCUACCUAAUUCUAGUUCAUGUUCAUCAUUUAUUUCAUUAGGAACUAUAAGUAGUAGUCCAUCAUCAUCAUUAAUAAAUACAAGUGAUAUAAAUCUUAAUGAUAAAAAUAAAUGUAUGCAAUUAUCAAAUAUUGAAUUACAUCAUAGAAAUUUAAGUAAUACAGAGAGUAAAGUGACUACAAGUAGUCAAUCAUUACAAUUAUUAUUACCAAGAACAACAUUGACAUAUAAUAGUAAUAAUAAUAAUAAUAAAGAACAAUCAUUAUAUCAAUCAAUCAAUAUUAAUAAAUCCAUCACAACAAAUCAAUCAAGAAUUAAAAGUCUUGGUGAUAUAUUUAAAAUUCCAUGUUUAUCAAUGAAUAAUGAAUUAUAUCCGAAAAAAUGUUGUACCUAUUCAAAUAUAAAUAAAAUUAUUACCGAUAAUAAUGAUAAUAAUAAUAUAAAUGAUAAUGAGCUACAGUCACAAGUUGAACUCCCCCUUAUCACUAAGGAUAAUAAUAAUAAUAAUAAUAGUAAACUGUAUGCCAAUUAUUUAACAGUACCAUGUGAAACAACAAUAUUAAGAAAAAAAUCACAAUUAUUUAAUAAACAUAUAAGAUAUUCAACAGGUUAUGUUAGUAGUCAUGAAACUAUUGAACAAGCUGAUCAAUAUCGUACACAAAGAGCGGUUUCAAUUGAUAUUAGUCAAACAUUUCAACAAAUCAAUAAAUAUUUUUAUCAAUUGAAUAAUAGAAAUGAUGUGAAUAGAAAAAAAUCAAAGGAUUAUAAACAAUCAUUAUAUGAUUUACAAUUGAAUAAAUCAAGGCAAGUAAUAAUAGAGCAAAAUCAGUGUUAUAUUGUCUAUUUAUUUAUUUAUUUUAACACAUAG